CUCUCUCCCUGUCCUGCUAUGUUGUACUAGUUCACCUAGCUCAGUGAGUCGGAGAGCGAAUCAGCACAGCUAUGGAGUCGUCUCUGCGAGUUCGAAGCUUGAAAGAAGUUCCUUCGGCCAGAGACUUCGCGUCUGGGAUCGAAUCCACGAACGUUCCCGCCGUUUUUAGCGGCUGCGUCAAAGAUUGGAAAGCUUUCUCCAAUUGGAAUCCAUGUAAUGGCGGUCUCGAUUAUUUGCAGGAACGAGUCGGAUUGUGUGUUGUGGAGGCUAUGCUAUCUGAUUCGGCACCUGUCUUCUAUGGUGAUAUUAGAAGCCAUGAGAGGGUACCGCUGCCAUUUUCUGCAUUUAUUGGUCUAUGUAAGAAACGCAUGCAUCAUUCGGAGGAUGGUUCCUGUGUUAAAUCAGAUCGGCAUGGGCUACCGGACGCUUCAUCUGAGUAUGACAGUAAGCCCUAUGAGGAUGCUCCUCACCAAAUCUAUUUAGCACAGGUCCCAAUAAUCAAUACUGAAACUGAAGAGAGGGUUCAACUGGGAUCUUUGAGGGAGGACAUCCAAACGCCUGCAUUUUUGGAGGAUAAAGUACUAGUUGCUAUCAACCUGUGGAUGAACAAUGCUCAAGCUAGAUCAAGCACUCACUAUGAUCCACACCAUAACCUUCUCUGUGUAGUCUCUGGCUGCAAACAAGUGGUUUUAUGGCCUCCUUCAGCAAGUCCUAUGUUAUACCCUAUGCCAAUAUAUGGGGAGGCAUCAAAUCAUAGUUCUGUUCCCUUAGAGAACCCAAACUUUUCAAAUUAUCCAAGAGCACAAUGUUUAAUGGAGCACUCUCAGAAGGUUAUUCUUCAGGCAGGCGACGCACUUUUCAUUCCUGAAGGCUGGUUCCACCAGGUGGACAGUGAUGAUCUGACCAUUGCCGUGAACUUUUGGUGGCGGUCCAAUGUAACGUUAAACAUGUCAGAACACAUGGAUGCAUAUUAUCUGCGCAUAAUAUUAAGAAGACUGACAGAUAGAGAAAUGGACCAAGUGCUGCCUAUAGCUUCUUUAGCUCAAAUGGAGAACAUGAACAGGCAUACUGGUAUAGUGCUUAAAAAAGGACAGAUAAAUCACAAUGACAACGGUUUGGAUCAGGCAUGUGAGGGAAACGAUCUUAAAGGGAAGGAAGUAGAACAAAGAUUUAUGUCACAUGCACUGGAACCCCUUGCCAUCCUUGCUCUUCAUGAACUUGUUUCUUUAGUUCAUGGUCAUAUUAAUGCUGCUGAGCAAAGACAACCAGUGCAAUCUGCUUCAACAACUGCUCCUGCAGCUAGUGUGAAAGAUGAAUGCAUCAAAGUCGUGAGACCGAGUUUGUUUGGCUUGGAAGAUGAUCCAGUUGCUAAAAUUUUUUGGACUCUUCAUCCCAUCACUUUGAAAAAUGUAUUUCUUGCCAUGGUGGAAAAUUUCCCAAGAACUUUGGAGGCUUUAAUACUGCACUUGCUUUCACCAGUGGGAGCCGAAGUACUUACUCGUAAAUUUGAUAGAAUGGAUCAACAGAUCACUAAGGAAGAACGGGACAGAUUUUACCAGGCUUUCUAUGGGGCAUUUGACGACCAAUUUGCAGCAAUGGAUGCAAUUUUGAAGGGGAAAGAAUUGUUUGCACUCCAGGCAUACAAGAAUGUAUUGGAUAAGUAUUUGGGAGUGGAUUGGAGGGGGCCAAAACCGGGGUCUGGUGAAACUUCGUAAAGAAAUUGGUCCCCGGCAGUAUCUUGAGGGGAGCAAAUCGAUGCAUAUUUCAUCACCAGAACUUUUCUUUUACAAGUGUUCAUUUGGAGGCUCCUAGAACUCAAGUCAUCACUAACUUUAAGCGUAAGAGAGUAUGAUUGGUGGUACACUCUGUGUAGUUAGAUACGCUCUACAACUUUGUGCUUUGUUGCCUCAUUUGAAAAACGACGGCGUCUAGCAAGACGAAGCUUAAUUUGGAAAAUUAUUGGGUGGUACUGGAACUCCACAACUUGGUAUAAUCCGUACAAGUGUUGGAAUAUUGGUGGAUGGCGAGUUGUAAGCUAAGGGUAUAAUCUUCAUAAAUAUUCACUCGUCUUGUGACAUGUGGAUUGAUUAUAUACAGUAACAGUGUUUCGCUA